UCGCAGCAGACUGUGACUCUAAUACAACCUGCAAGUGUCCUAUUGGUUUGACUCAAGGGCAAUACUGUGGUGGUGAUAUUGGCUGCGACAGUGCACAAGUCUAUGAAUGUAGCCCUAAUGGAAAUACUUGUACUUAUGGUAAUCGGACCAGUUGCGAGCAAUGUGGGGCUUUACAGUGUCCAAGUCCUGUUGUUUCGGCAAGUUCCAGUCUAACCUCACCUGAACCUACCUUUCUGAUAAACUCCAGUCAAAUUCAAAAUCCACCCCAACCUACUAGCGUGAAUGCCAGUUCAGUUUCAACCCAACUUGCUAUUGUGACAAACCCCAGUCAAAUUCCUUCAACUGAUAGACCUACAUCAACAAAUUACGAAACUCCAACAACAACGUCACAGCCGUCACAAGAAGAUCCGGCGUCUCCUCAAAAAUUUUUGUUUAUUGGAAUUGGUAGUGGUAUAGGUGGAUUAAUGUUAGUCGGUUCUUUAAUUUUUGCUGGAAUUUUUUUCUACAAGAGAAAUAAAUCUCACCCAAUUCCAACACCUGGAAAUGUGAAUGCUAAUGGCAAUAGAAAAAAAUUAAACCCAAUUCCAACACCUGGAAGCAUGAGAGAUGAAUUAUAA